GUGUCUGUGUAUGUCAAGUUUUUUUGUAAGAAAAAAAUUACAACACUCAAAUAUUUACUUCUCGCUCCUUUUUUUUUUCCUCCAGAAGGCAAAACCCAGCAGCUAUGCAAAGUGUGUGGCGACAGGGCCUCUGGGAAACAUUAUGGUGUCAUCAGCUGCGAUGGCUGCCGAGGUUUUUUCAAACGCGCCAUCCGCAAGAAGAUGGGUCGCCUGUACAGGUGCAAAGACAACAACUCUUGCAUCGUGGAUGUCAGUCGUCGGAAUCAGUGCCAGGCAUGCCGGUACAGACGCUGCAUGGAAGUCAAAAUGAACCCUAACGCUGUACAAAAGGAACGAUCACCACGUCCUCCUAGAGAUGACAGUCACGUCCCCACAGCCAUCGUAACCCCGGAAAUUGGCAGCGUGUACCCUCAUCUUCUUCAAAGCUGCCCGCCAAACAUUUUUUGCUCAUACCCGAGUGCAUCUUACACAUACCCGCCUCAAGUCUACUAUGCGUCCUCGUCCUUGUAUCCGCGGCUGGCGGCCAUACAGUACCAGCAGCAUCCUGGCUUUUCGCUCGCUUUGGCCAAUAGCUUUGCCGCUGCAGGGUCACGUGGUGCCCCAAGUUGCAGCCAAGACGGAGAAAGCGAUGCAAGAAUCUGUCAGGGACGGGGAAGAGAAGGAAGACAAAACCCCAGUGAAGAAAGAAAGGAAAGUGGCUGUUACUGCCGACGACAGCUCCAUGGAUGAGGGCAAGAUGACCAAGAGAGCGAAAAGGAGAACCACAGAGCCAGCGCGAAAUCCCCUGCCUCUGGCAGCUCUUCAGUUAGCUCCGAGCACGUGACCCC